CCAGAGUUUUAUUGGCUAAUAUUAUUCUGUUCCAUAAAUACAUAAUGCUACAGACGCAAACAAAACAUUCAUUCAAAGGAGCAUAAAAAAAGAGUUGUAAGAUCAUGGAAAACGGAAGCAAAAUCGUUGUCUCAUUGCUUCUUCUUCUUCUUCUUCUCCCUCUCCUCUCGACUACCAUUUCUGCUCAGACCACUAGUCUAGCACCAAACUUCUACAGUACAACAUGUCCCAAUGUUGAGUCGAUUGUCCAGUCGGCGGUCCGACAGAAGUUCCAGCAAACCUUCGUGACUGCUCCCGCAACUCUCCGGCUUUUCUUUCAUGAUUGCUUUGUUCGUGGGUGUGAUGCUUCGAUUUUGCUGGCAUCGGCGAACGGAAAAGCGGAGAAGGAUCAUCCGGAUGAUGUUUCGCUAGCCGGAGAUGGAUUCGACACGGUGAUCCAAGCAAAGGCGGCUGUUGAUAGCAAUCCUCAGUGCAGAAACAAAGUUUCAUGUGCAGACAUCUUAGCUCUUGCCACUAGAGAAGUCGUACAAUUGACGGGAGGGCCAUUUUAUACGGUGGAAUUGGGAAGACGUGACGGUAGGAUAUCGACGAUAGCCAGUGUUCAAAGGCAGCUUCCUCAGCCUAGUUUCAACCUAGACCAACUCAAUACCAUGUUUGCCAGGCAUGGUCUCUCUCAGACCGAUAUGAUUGCAUUGUCGGGUGCACACACCUUAGGAUUCGCCCAUUGUGCUAAGUUCUCCAAGAGGAUCUACAACUUCAGCCCCAGAAGCCGUGUCGACCCAACACUCAACUUCCAAUACGCCAUGCAGCUGAGACAAAUGUGCCCGAUAAAUGUCGACCCUAGAAUCGCCAUCAACAUGGAUCCGAACACGCCUCGAACGUUCGACAACGUCUACUACAAGAAUCUUCAGCAAGGGAUGGGUCUGUUCACAUCGGAUCAAGUACUGUUUACGGACCUGAGGUCGAGAAACACUGUCAACCUUUUUGCAUCGAGAAACACGGCUUUCAACCAGGCUUUCGUGGCUGCCGUGACCAAGCUAGGCCGAGUAGGGGUCUUGACAGGGAAUCAAGGCGAAAUUCGACGGGAUUGCACUCGACCAAACUAGCCAACUCCACUAUUCUUUUGUAUUUUGUUU